GGACAAGAUCAAUGGUCAGCAAAUCCACUGUGUACGCAGAUCUGUAUUUCUGAGAGCUGUCAUGACAAUUGCUGGUUCAUCCCAGAUAAUUCACCCUCCCGCUGCUAUGCAAACCAGGAUCGGAUCUGUAGCUACAGCAAUGCUAAUGUUUGCCAGGCUAGGCACGGGAAUAAAACAAGUGUGUGCGUAUACGCCUCAUCGUCACCAGCAUUCUGCAUCUGUCAAUACAUGCCAGACACACCGUAUAUCAGAUGUGAGCCAUCGCAGUUUAUAGGUCUUCCCAUAAGGAUGAUAACAGUAGAAGACACUACAUCAGCCACUAAUGCGCAACACAUUGCACCACAAGGCACCACGGCAUUAGGCACUACAGCACAGGCCACUACACCACGAGGUAUCACAGCAAAAGCCACUCCAGCACAGCGCACUACACCACAAUACACUACAGCACUAACCACUACAGGAAAGGACACUACACCACAAUACACCACAGCACAAGACGCCACAUACCGAGACGCAACAGCAAAGGCCACUGUGGAACAAGACUCCAAACCACAAGGAACCACAGAGCAGGGCGUUGCAUCACACGUCACCACUGGUACCCAACAAGAUGACAGUGAAACUAACGUGGCAGCUGCUGUUCUUGGGUCUCUGUUUGCUCUCCUACUCAUCUCGGUGACCAUCGCUGCCGUGAUAUUCUGCAUUCGAAGACAGAGAAGACUACGGACCGUCAGGAAACAGGCUGCAAAACCUGCUGAACUGUCAAGUGUCAAGUUGGACACAAGUUCAAGUAUCAACAGACGACAGUUACCCGAAACACCGCCACCAGACGGCAAUGUUGAAUACGCAUACAUACCCUAUCGACCAACAACGAAUCAACGGCCAGAAAGUCAAGCUUACGCUUCCGUACACGAAGAGGAGGGGAGCUCCCACUAUGUCAAGAACGGGCAAGAAGAUGAAGAAACCACCGACGGCAUCAAAAACACCUACUUUGGUUGGAUCCCAACUGUUGAACAAAUGACUGAGAAUGAGACUUCUGAAACCGCUGAAAGCCAAGGCGUGUCCUCUGCGACAGGGGAUGUUCGUCUGGAGGACGACGACACCUCUUUUUCGUUUACUCAACAUAAGGCUGGAACCUUUGAUGGAUACGAGAUUCCAAUGGUUAAGCAAACUGCACAAAACAAUUGAUCUUGACAUUUGGAACCAGGGCCUAACCUAGAGCUGCAGCACAAGCACAGAACACUAUGCUUACCAUAAUACGGUUACCAGCCAAACCACCAUGUCACAGUAUAGUUGUUGUGCCUGGUGUCCUGCUCAUUUCUGCUUAAUAGCAUCAAAAUGUUAAGCAAUAUUUUCCUGCUUAAGCAGCAACUCUAUGAAAUUGAUCCCAGUUGAAGUGACCAGUUUCGGUUGUGGGACCAACACGUCAUCUGAUGUACGCGAGAUAUUAUAUACAGUCCAACUGUAGCCUUUUAAGUACCAAAUGAUUUCCUAGAGCUGCAUAACAAAAAGGAGCCAAGCACAGACAGAAUAUGCUUAAUACCAAAAUAAGGUUACCAGCCAAACUACCAUGUCACUGUGCAAUUGUUGUGACUGGUUUCCUGCUUCUUUCUGCUUAGCAUACUGAUGAACAAUAUUUUCUGCUUAAGCAGCUCUUUGAUAUUGAACCCAGUUGAAGGGACCAGUUUCGGUUUCUUUUUAACACAUAACAUCGUGUGGGACCAAAACGUCAUCUAAUGUACGCGAGACAUUCUAUAGUCCAAUGUAGCCGUAUAGAAGUAACGAAUGUGCCAAUGAGAAAUUUUGCUAAUCGAAAUCAAAAGAAUGAAUAUGAAAAGAAAACUCAACGAAUGCAAACAAACUGCUGCAUUAUAACAAUUGUUUGCCAUUUCAUUUUCUUGGACGGCCAUUCCUAAAAAAAAAUCAGGUGCUUAAAUGAUACAAACUGAUAAGAUUAAAGAAGUUCGGAUGGUGCAGUGUAAAUACAAAUAAUUAAAGGGGAAAGUUAUGGGCAUAUUAAAGAUUGGCAAAUCAUUGCACCCAGCAAAAUAAUUACUGGCAACACCAAACAUUUUCUUCGGAAAUUAUUGAGUAUUAACCAGAUAUAUUUAUCGCAAAAAAAUUCAGAUGAAAUGGACAACUAUUUAUAUAUUCUGCACAACAAUUUCACAAACGUGCAAAGUCAAAAUAUUUAUCGCUAGUUUGCAUUUUUGUUUGAUAAAAGAUGAGUACAUAAUUAUAAAUUUCCCAAACACUGGUUGAAUAUUAUUAUUGACCUUAUCACCAGUCAGACUAUGUGAUUCUUUCUCCACCCAGUCUGAUCACUAUGUGUACGGCAGGUUGCCGAUGUCACUGUUUUGAUGGUAAAAGAAUGAAUUUGGCACACAGUCAGAGCAUAGCUCCAUGCUAAGAGUAUGUCAUAAGAAAGAUUAUCUAAAUAAUGGUCAUCACAGACUUGACUUAAA